UACUGUGGAAGUCUCUACUUCAAUGUUUUUUUCUGCUUGUUUCCAAUUCAAUCACGACAGCACCACUGGUCAUGUCGUCUCUCCUAAAGAAGAAGUUUUUUUUUUUUUAAAUAUGAUCUAAAGAAGUGAUCAGCCUCACAAAGAAGACAGACAAGGUUUGUUACCCACACACAGGACAUAGAAACCUGCAAUGGAUUCAACGGCCCUUAGCCACCUACACUUUGUUUUCAUCCCCUUAAUGGCCCCUGGUCAUCUUCUCCCCAUGGUAGACAUGGCCAAAUUGUUGGCCCAACGCCAAGUGAAAGUGAGCAUAGUGACCACACCCCUCAAUUCCAUCCAAUUCCAAGCUAGCAUAGACAAAGAGAUUCAAUCUGGCUCACCCAUUCAAAUUCUAAAUGUCCAAUUUCCAUGUGCGGAAGCUGGUCUACCAGAGGGAUGUGAGAGCGUAGACGCUUUGCCUUCAAUGGAUCUACUAAACAACUUCAACACUGCCUUAGACUUGUUGCAGCAGCCACUACAAGAGCUACUUGAAAAGCAAAAACCCUUGCCAAGCUGCAUAAUUGCCGACCAACAUAUCAUUUGUGUGUCUGAAGUUGCAAACAAGUUGCAUGUUCCAAUAAUAGUAUUUGACGGAACCAGUUGUUUCUUUCUGCUAUGCAAAUACUAUUUACAAAAGGAUAAAGUCUAUGAAGCUGUGUCAGCUGAAGAGAAAUUUCUUAUCCCUGGAAUUCCCCAUAGAAUUGAACUGCAAAGAUCUCAACUCCCUGGGAUGUUCAAUCCCGGCACAGACCACGAGUUGAAUGCUCGACGCGAGAAAGUAUUGGAAGUUGCAGAAAAAUCAUAUGGGAUAGUGGUUAAUAGUUUCGAAGAGCUGGAAGCAGAAUAUGUUAAAGAGUAUAAAAGAUUUUCGGGUCAUAAAGUAUGGUGUGUUGGCCCUGUGUCGUUGUCCAAUAGGGAUGAUAUUGACAAGUCUCUAAGAAGUAGGAGAGACUUAAGUAAUGAGAAUGAAUACAUGAAGUGGCUAGAUUCAUGGUCUCGGAGGUCAGUGAUUUAUGUCUGCUUUGGUAGCCUAAACCGUGCAACACCAGAGCAGUUGAUAGAGCUCGGGAUAGGAUUGGAAGCGACGAAAAGGCCAUUCAUUUGGGUGCUUAGAGGUGCAUAUGGAAGAGAGGAGAUGGAGAAAUGGCUGGUGGAAGAUGGGUUUGAAGAAAGGGUGAAAGGGAGAGGGCUUUUGAUCAAGGGUUGGGUGCCACAAGUGUUGAUCUUAUCACAUAGAGCAAUAGGAGUGUUCGUGACACAUUGUGGAUGGAAUUCCACACUCGAAGGGAUUUGUGCUGGCGUGCCAUUGGUAACUUUUCCUCUGUUUGCUGAACAGUUCCUCAAUGAGCAACUUGUUGUAGAAGUGCUGAAGAUUGGGAUGAGUGUGGGAGCUGAAUCUGUUGUGCAUUUGGGAGAGGAACAUAAGUCUCGGAUUCAGGUGACUAGGGAAAAUAUUAAGGGUUCUAUUGAGAACGUAAUGGGUGAAGGCCAAGAAAAAGAAGAGAGAAGGGAAAGGGCUAGAAAGUAUGCAGAUAUGGCAAGGAAAGCAAUAGAACAAGGUGGCUCUUCUCACCGCAACAUGUCCCUACUAAUUGAUCACAUUAUGCAUGUCAAAGGGUUACACCAAGACUAAGACGAAAAUGGAUUCAUCCUUGUUUGUUUUGCUUUGUGUUGUAAGGUGGAAUACUUUUGGUAAGUUUGUGUAUUAACCAUGAAAAAACAACUGAAGAUAUUUUUCUGGUUUGUUGUGUUGUCCAUCUUAAUCAUGUGUUGGGUGUUUGGUGUUUUAAAUAUCAAAAUCAAUGUAAUUUUGGACUUAUAGCGUACACAUCACAGAAAAGCAACAGAGAAUCCAAAAGCAACAGAAAACAAUGAUGUUAGUCUUUAACCACUUUCUGUCUGGGAGUUUUAGAGAGAAAACUUUAGGACAUUGGUGAACAUAUGUAUAAAAGAAUGUGAAAAAAGAUGUAGAGAAAGAAAUUGUUGUAAAUGAUAUAUGAUAGGUAUUGUAAUAAUAAAGCAAGAAGCGGAAAGAAACAUAGAUUGCAUCAGAGAAAAAGCGCCGAGGAAAGCAAGACAUGAACAACCACACUCUUCCUCUUCUCCCUCUGGAAGUGAUCAGAGAAAUUCUUCUGAGAUUGCCGGUGAAAUCCCUUUUGCGUUUCAAGUGUGUUUCCAAGUCAUGGCUUUCUCUCAUUUCCGAUCCCCAAUUUGGCGUUUCCCAUUACGACCUAGCUGCCACACCCACCCAUCGAAUCCUUCUGAGAUCAAAUGAUUUUUAUGCUCAAUCCAUUGACACAAACGCACCGUUUAUAGAUAACGGAGAGGGUUCGCUGUGUUUGCUUCGUGCUGUGCAUCUCCUUCUUCCCCCUCCUUCUCCCCCUCGCAUUCCCGAUUUUUUUCAUUUCGAUGAUUUUCGCAAUCAGCCUCACAUUUUGGGUUCUUGCAGAGGGUUUAUUCUCUUAUACUACGAGAGGAGCGAUGAUCUCAUUAUCUGGAAUCCCUCAAUUGGUGUUCAUAAACAAUUACCACACUUUCAAUAUGAUAACAUAACCCGUCAGUUCCUCUAUGGUUUUGGGUAUGGCCCAUCUAAAGAUGACUAUUUGAUUACCAUUAUUCCAUUAUGGUCUUCGUUUUCUGCUGAAAUUGAAACCCACGUUUUCUCCUUCAAAACUGCUUCCUGGAACAGUGUUCUUGUCAAUGUUCCAUAUUCAGAUCCUGGCAAUUGUCUUGCUUUCAGAGCUGGGUCACUCUUCAAUGAAACCCUUCAUUGGUUGGUUUUGUCCAAGGAGAAAAAGGUUCUUGUCAUUCUUGCCUUUGAUCUGGUACAGAGGAGUUUUUCAGAGAUUUCUCUCUUGGAUCAUUUAUCUACGGAAAAAUGUCGAGUUUGUGGUUUGAGGGUAAUGGGAGGAUGUCUCUCUGUGUGUUACUCGGUCGAAGGCAGUGGAACUACUGAAAUAUGGGUGAUGAAAGAAUACGAAGUGCAGUCUUCUUGGACUAAGCUCAUUGUUGUACCUACUAGUGACUUUUCCCCGAUAUGCACCACCAAAGAUGGUGGAAUUUUUGGAUCGGAUAUGAGAAGUUUAGAGAAGUAUAGCGAUAAAGGUGAGCUCCUAGAGCAUCGUGCAUAUGGUGUACAAGAAGAGUUGUUCUACUGUCUCAAUCUACAGUGUGCUUGGUAUAGAGAGAGUUUAAUGUCACUUCCCACUGUCAUUCCGAAUACAAGUGAAGAUGACCAUCAGCAACUGAUAAGAAAAAUUAGGGCCGCAAAAUUGACAAGAAUAUAUAGUUAGCUCGAUGUCACUUCCUUCAAUUGGUGACACUACCAGCAGAAAGCAACUUGGAAGAGAAUGGCAUGUGUAUCUAUGAUAUUGAAUUAUCUUAUCCUAGUCCAGAACUAGCGUCCAUUUUAGUGGCGAUUUCAGUAGAGUUACAGUAUGAACAGACUUUAACUAUGUCCCAAAGGUGGAGUUAGCAAAAAUUUUUUAUGGGAUUAUUUCUUGCAGUUUGUUCCUCCAAGGCUCGUUUAAUCUUAUAUCCAAACCCUAGUUACUUGAUUA